GUGUUAGGGUAGAGUAAGGCUCUCAACCUUACCAGAAGGAUGGAGCACAAAUGAAGGCGAUUCUUCGCGCAUUGGUGUUAUUCCUUGUCCGAGGGAUGCAUCCUCUGAGCAUGGUCGAGGAUGAACAUUUCCGUGCUUUCGUCAAAGCCAUCGACCCCAGGAUCACCUUACCUUGCCGCAAAACGCUGACACAUUCACUUCUUCCAGAAAUGUAUGCUGAAGCAAAGGCUAAGCUGGUGACUGAACUUUCUCUUGCGAACCACAUAGCAUUGACCGCAGACUGUUGGACGUCGUUGACAAAUGCCAGUUACAUGACUGUAACUGCACAUUUUAUCAAUGAUCAGCUCAAAAUGGUUUCGCGUGUCCUUUCAACGUUGGUUCUCGAAGUCAGCCACACAUCGGAAAACAUUGCUGCACAUCUUAAAUCCGUCAUUGCAGAUUGGGAUGUUCCAGAAGACAAAAUUUCAGGGAUUGUCACGGACAAUGCAUCAAAUUUCAAGAGAGCUAUAGCUAAUAUCUUGAAAUGGAAGCAUAUUCCGUGCUUUGCUCACACCUUGAGCCUUGCAGUCAAGGAUGCUAUUCAUGACAACCGUGAAUUUUCCGUUAUCCUGAACAAAUGCCGAAAUAUUGUCACCUUCUUUCAUCACAGCGGACCGGCCACUCUGAAGCUUAACCAACUUUGUAGUGGCAGGAAGUCGCGAGGGCCCGAGAGGACAAAUACCGCAGGUCGGAAUUCAGCCUUGGCAACUCAGCAUCCGAUCUUGGUCUAUGGUGUUUAUUAUUAUUAAAGGAGAUAAAACAAAUGUGGGUAGCAUCUCUAAAGAUUGAAUUUCAAUUCUUGAUUUUUCUCAUUAGUAUUUCACCAAUACAAAAUUUUACAUGUGUGAUAAUAAUUAUCUUAUUACAAGACAAAUCAUUAUAAAGAUAAUGAAUACUGGUGUGCAUGAGCUGAAGAUGAAUGAAAGAGAAUAAGAAUAAUAAUCAAUUGUGUCAACUGCAAACAGAAACAACUAAAUACCUUUAUUUAUGCUUGCUUGCUAAGUAUGGCCAGCAUUCACGUAACAAAACACUAAUCCACUUUAACCACUGAAUAAAUUUUGCGGACAAACCAAAAGCAAGCAAAGAAACCGAUAGUCCCUGUAAUAAAAGAAAGAAAAAAGUUAGUCAAAUGAAAUAUCCAACCAGUAGCACAUUGCUUACCUGAAAGAAGAAAGAACAAGAAAACCAUGAUGAAGGUGUAUCCAAAGUAAAGGAAGGUGGAUGUGGCAUCUUGAAUUUCUAAUUUUGUGACAAAGUAAUGGACGCAAUACAUAAACAAAUAAAAGGCUGUAAAACCGCUUGU